AUGGUGUCAUCGGUUGCGCGGUUUCUGCUGCAUACAGUUGCCGGCCACUUCCGAUCCUCGUAUGUGAACAGAGUUACCAACCUAGGGUGUCUGCUUUCUCAAUUAUCCGCUGCGCGGUCUUCUCACCGUUCGGGCUUCCUGCAGAAGUACCGUUCCGUUCGCUUGAUAGUCGCUUUUUUGGCAUCAGCAGCCCCACAUUCGAAACAGCGAGAAGCGGUAGAGCCGAAGUCAGGAACGAACAAGGUCCGCGGCGCAGUCGGUGACGCAAGCACGGACGAAUUUGAAGGUGCAGCAUGUCGCACGAGACGAACGGCGAAUUUAAGAACGGCCAUUGCCACUCGCGCCGCGCAGUUGCCCAAGGCGUUUGCUCCCCUCCAUGGCAUCAUUGGUCGCGCGGUUUCUGCUACAAAGCCCCUCCAGGAGUCUGCGCUUCCGUGCUACUUGUCUGUUGCGCAUGUUAUGGGUCCUUCGACGUUUCAAAAACAAGAUGGGAUCGUGAUCAGGAAUGGGCAACGUCAGCAGCGCACUAUUCGGCUCUCGAAGGCGACUGUCGUCCCGACAAUAAUUCGCUUCGCUAUUGGAGCCCGAUCAGAGGGCGUCGCUGCUUCAAGACGUUCGAAGAUAGUUCUUGUCAGCCUCUCAAUGGUGUCGUAUGCGCCAUUUACGCCGUCAGACGGGAACUGUCUCUCCGACUGCCGGAUCGGACGUGGAGGCAGUGUUACGUGUGGUUCUGACGCGGUGCGACGACAUUCCUCAAUAUUGGCAGCUUCUCUACCUGUAGUAUUCCGAAGCUCGCCGACCACACGCACAUCAACGCUCUCGGAAGACCAUCCCAUUCUUGACGAAUAUACGCUACCAGCCAUCGCACGGUGCUACUAUAACACGUCUGGUCGCAAGGAUACUGUUACCAGCGUUCCGUGGUUUUCGAGUCGCCUGUCCUGGAAAGCGCACCUGUCCGGAGCCCGAGGGCGCCUGUUGCCACGAGCCCGUACGUCCGGACGUGAUCCCAAAUCGAGCGACGUCGACCGGCCACAUUUCUAUGGCGGCUCCCGUGCACGCUGCAGUCUGCUGAUGCUCGCGCACAUGCCUUUCGCUGGGCGUGCCGCCUUGACUUCACAGCUGGUCACUCACCCCAUCGAAAAGUUCGGCCCGUUGAGAAGUUCGUCGGACAGAUGA